AUAAGAAAGAGUGCCUGGUGCGUUGAGGAGCAGCAGUACCAUGAUGGGUGAGACUGCAGUGUUAAGGAUCAGCGUCGAGGGGGCAGGAGCCAGGGGACCUGGGAGCCUGAGCCCUUGUGAAGCCAGAGAUGACAAGUCUGAAUGGCCGCCAUGCCGAGAAAACUGUUGACAUGCCAAAGCCGUCAGCCCCAAAAGUGCACGUGCAGAGGUCCGUGUCUCGAGACACCAUCGCCAUUCACUUCUCAGCAUCUGGGGAGGAGGAGGAGGAGGAGGAGGAGGAGUUCAGGGAGCACCUUGCGGGGGUGCUGGAUGACCAAAGCGUUGUGACAGGGCUCGAAGCCAAGGAGGACCUCUGCCUGGAACCCCAGGGUGGCCAUGGCUCUGUGGGCCCUCGCGCUGCGCCCCUUGUGGCGGAUGGACUGUCCACGUCCCAGGCCCUUGCUGUUUUGCCCGUCUCCGAGAACACUGUAAAGCUGUUGGAGUCCCUUCCUCCAGCAGCUCAAGUAUUAAAUACAGUGCCAUCGGCUCUGUCUCCAGGGUCGCCCCUGGCCAGCUCGCCCAGUGUGUCGUCCCUUUCUGAGCAGAAAACCAGCUCCUCCUCCGCACUGUCCUCCCCGUCCAAGUCUCCCAGCCUCUCCUCCAGUGCCUCAGCCUCUGCCCUCUCCAGCACAAAGCCCUUCCUGAGCUUGGUGAAGUCCUUGUCCACUGAGGUGGAGCCAAAAGAACCCCCGCACCCCCCGAGGCACAGACACUUGAUGAAGACGUUAGUCAAGUCUCUGUCCACCGACACCUCCAGGCAGGAGUCAGAAGCUGUGUCCUACAAGCCACCCGACUCCAAGCUGAACUUACACCUCUUCAAGCAGUUCACACAGCCACGCAACGCGGGUGGAGACUCCAAAACCGCACCUUCCUCCCCACUGACUUCUCCCUCCGACACUCGCUCCUUUUUUAAAGUGCCCGAAAUGGAGGCGAAAAUCGAAGACACUAAACGACGCCUUUCAGAAGUCAUAUACGAGCCUUUUCAGCUCCUUAGUAAAAUCAUAGGGGAGGAAAGUGUGAGCCAUAGGCCCAAAGCCCUGUCUUCCAGUGCUUCAGAGCUCUCCAACUUGUCCAGCUUGAACGGGCAUUUGGAAAGCAGUAACAACUAUAGCAUCAAGGAGGAGGAGGGUGACUCCGAGGGGGAUGGCUCUAGCAGUGACUGCAGUGUCCCCAAGAGCGACCCCUCGAAGUCCACCGAAGAGCCUGUGAGAGAGGGGGAACCAAAAUCCUCACAGGCUGGCGGCCUGAAGGAUUUAGGCCUGAAGACGAGCUCUCUUGUCUUAGAAAAGUGUUCUUUGUCUGCCUUGGUGAGCAAAGAAGAUGAAGAGUUUUGUGAACUGUACACAGAAGACUUUGAGCUGGAAGCAGAGGGUGAGGGUAGGCCUGACAAGCCCCCAGCCAUCCCUCUCAAGUCAGAGGUGCUCACGGAGGACAGCGCCCUUCUGGACAGUGAAGAGGAAGCGGAUGUGGCCGUGCAGCACCCAGAAUUGCCCGUGAAGACGCUGGGCUUCCUUAUGUUGUGCGUCUACGCGUACCUCAUCCUCCCCCUCCCCCACUACGCGAGCGGACUCUUUCUGGGAGUUGGCCUUGGAUUCAUGACUGCAGUUUGCGUGAUUUGGUUUUUUACACCACCAAGUGCUCCUAAGUAUCACAAGUCACACAGACAUCUGCAACACUGGCGUCUGAGCUCUUUGGACAUCAAAGAACCUGAAAUAUUAAAGGGAUGGAUGAAUGAGAUUCACAACUAUGAUCCAGAAACUUACCACGCGACUUUGACACACUCAGUCUUUGUUCGACUUGAGGGUGGAACCUUGCGGCUUUCGAAGCCCAAUAAAAACAUAUCCAGGAGGGCAAGCUACAAUGAAGCGAAGCCAGAGGUCACCUACAUCAGCCAGAAGAUCUAUGACCUUUCUGACAGCAAGAUUUAUCUUGUACCUAAAAGUUUGGCUAGAAAGCGAAUCUGGAACAAAAAGUACCCCAUUUGUAUUGAGCUUGGUCGACAAGAUGACUUUAUGUCUAAAACUCAAACUGAUAAGGAGAUUUCCGAAGAGAAGCUGCCAGCUGAGCGAGAGCUGGACAGCGAGGACCCCAAGAAGCCUCCCCACCCUCAAGAGGGAGCACGACCGGCCCACCGAGAGCAGAUACUCUACCUGUUUGGGAGAACUGGCCGAGAAAAGGAAGAGUGGUUCAGGAGGUUUAUUUUGGCAUCUAAGCUGAAGUCAGACCUCAAGAGGCCACCUGGCAUCUCUGGAAGUAAACCAGGGCUCCUGCCCUCCCACAGCAGGCACAGCAGUCCUUCUGGACACCUGACCCACAGCCGCAGCAGCAGCAAAGGCAGCGUGGAGGAGAUCAUGACGCAGCCGAAGCAGAAGGAGCUGGUGGGCAGCGUGCGGCAGAAGAUGCUGCUGGACUACGGCGUGUACAUGGGCAGGUGUGUGCCCCAGGAGAGUCGCAGCCCGCACCGGAGCCCCGAGCAGAGUGCAGAGAGCAGCCCCACGGCUGGCAAGAAGCUUCCCUACUUCAUGAAUGAGCUGACCCUGACGGAGCUUGACAUGGGAGUGGCUGUGCCAAAAAUCCUCCAGGCCUUCAAGCCUCGUGUGGAUCACCAAGGACUCUGGAUCGACUUGGAAAUGUCCUACAACGGAUCCUUUCUGAUGACUCUUGAGACCAAAAUGAAUUUGACCAAACUAGGUAAAGAGCCUCUUGUUGAAGCCCUGAAGGUUGGAGAAAUUGGCAAAGAAGGUUGCAGGCCCCGGGCGUACUGUCUUGCUGACAGUGAUGAGGAGUCCUCCAGCGCCGGCUCCUCUGAUGAAGACGGGGCCCCUGAGCCCAGUGCAGGAGACAAGCAGCUGCUCCCGGGAGCUGAAGGGUAUGUUGGAGGGCAUCGAACAAGUAAAAUUAUGAGGUUUGUCGAUAAAAUUACCAAAUCAAAAUAUUUCCAAAAAGCAACAGAGACAGAGUUCAUUAAAAAGAAGAUUGAAGAAGUCUCCAACACACCCCUGCUGCUAACUGUUGAAGUCCAGGAAUGCAGAGGAACCCUGGCGGUCAACAUUCCUCCACCCCCGACUGACCGCGUAUGGUAUGGCUUCCGGAAGCCGCCAUAUGUGGAGCUGAAAGCUCGGCCAAAACUCGGAGAGAGAGAGGUGACAUUAGUUCACGUGACAGACUGGAUAGAGAAGAAACUGGAGCAAGAGUUUCAGAAAGUUUUCGUCAUGCCAAACAUGGACGAUAUUUACAUCCCCAUAAUGCACUCAGCUAUGGACCCUCGCUCCACUUCCUGCCUCCUGAAGGAGCCCCCUCUGGAGGCCCCUGAUCCUCUGUAGCGGGUGGAGGAGGAGGGUCUGUCUUGAGACGCCCUCCGCAUCCAGGUUCCUGGCUGCAGUCUGCACCGCGGCACUGGCUCCCAAGACUGCUUCUGCCUCUGCCUGCCGGUGCCCAUUCCACUGUGAGGUGUCAUUCCCUACAUCUAGUGACAGGCAUUUGGAGUGCCUGCCACAAAGCCUGGCCUCGGCAAAGGAGACUGGACUGUCAUCCCAGUGGGCCCAGAAGUUAUGCGACUCACAUUGUGGCUGCUUAAAGUCUACCAGCUUCGGAGCUGAAUUUUUGUGGCAGCAAAAAGCACGUUGAGAGGGAAGCUGUGCAGCGGACCGGAAGCCUCCCCUCC